AGAAUUAAAAACCUAAUAAGUUAAACAUUAAAAAAACAAAAAGUCCGCUCUAAAUAAAGUACAAUUAAAUAAUCAAAAGCACCGUGUCCCGCACCUGUUAAAAGAAUUUCCCCCUAAAACGGGCAAUCUGUUCCAGCUUGUUUGCGAGAAAGGGAGACGAGAGUAGCUUCUUGCCCUUCCCAAUCAGGCCGUAAAAAUGCUUUAGGCCAGCACUGGUCUAGUCCUAUACUUUACGUGGAACCCAGGGGGGAAAAACUCAGUCUAGCUGUUUGGGGAGUAUGGAAGUUGUAGUCCACAAAAGGAAGUUUCUUUUUGAGUGAGCCACGCGCAGUGCUUUAGCGGUUUCCUUCCAACGAAGAAAGGUAGAGGAGAAUCGAAGCCUGAACCUGGAGGAAGCCCUAAGAAGGCGAGAUUCUUCCCUUUUUGCAGGCGGACACGGCUGCCCCUCUUGUCUCUUGGAAAAACAUAGGCUUUUUCUAAAGUGCAUGCACCGAAAAGUAAGCGCCAAACAUAAACACCAGGGAGCACUAUGGACCAAUAUAGCAUCCUUGGCCGAAUUGGAGAAGGGGCCCAUGGCAUUGUUUUCAAAGCGAAGAACAUAGAAACAGGUGAGACUGUUGCUCUGAAGAAGGUGGCUCUUCGCAAGCUGGAGGAUGGGAUCCCCAAUCAAGCUCUCCGGGAGAUCAAAGCCUUGCAGGAGAUUGAGGAAAAUCAGCAUGUGGUGAAACUGAAGGAUGUCUUCCCUCAUGGCACAGGGUUUGUGCUGGUCUUUGAAUACAUGAUAUCUGAUCUGUCGGAGGUGAUCCGCAACUCUGAGCAGCCUCUCACUGAUGCCCAAGUGAAAGGCUAUAUGCUCAUGCUGCUUAAAGGAGUGGCCUUCUGCCACGCCAACUCCAUUAUGCACCGGGAUUUGAAACCAGCCAAUUUGUUGAUCAGCUCCACAGGACAGUUGAAAAUUGCAGACUUUGGUCUCGCUAGGGUAUUCACCAAUGAUGGGGAGAGGCUGUAUAGCCACCAGGUAGCCACCAGGUGGUAUCGGGCACCUGAACUCCUCUACGGUGCUCGCAAGUAUGAUGAAGGUGUGGAUCUCUGGGCUGUGGGCUGCAUUUUUGCUGAACUUCUGAACAAUUCUCCACUCUUCCCUGGAGAAAAUGAUAUCGAACAGCUAUGUUGCGUCCUCCGAGUGCUUGGGACACCUAACCAGAAGAUCUGGCCGGAAAUCACCGAGUUGCCCGAUUACAACAAGAUCUCCUUCAAGGAGAAGCUGCCCAUUCCUCUGGAGCAAGUGGUCCCUGAUGCUUCCCCACAAGCUGUGCAGCUCCUGAAACAGUUCCUGGUCUAUCCUUCCAAGCAGCGUGUGCAGGCGGCUCAGGCACUGUUGCACCCUUAUUUCUUCACUCCACCGCUGCCUGCCCACCACUCAGAGCUGCCCAUUCCCCAGCGUGGGGGCAAAAAGGCCCGCCAGGGACCUCAGCACCAGCGGGACUUCCAUGUCGAGCAGCCACUGGAAGAGUCUGUUGUGGACCUGGAGCUCGUGGCCCCCUACGUGGUCGAUGUAUGAAGAAGAGGGGAUCUCUUGUGUGCUUCGUAGAGCACACCCGCUUGUGCUUUCUUUCAGGUCAUGAGCCCUGGUUCAUCCUUAUGGGGAAUGAACAAGAGUCUGGAGUGAAUGAGAGGCGGCCAAAAGGACAUUUAAGGUAGGUGCAAUAUCGACCGUAGCAGAACACAAAAGGAAAGCUGCUCUCCUGUCCAGAACCUCUGCUCUUCGUGCAAUGACUGAAGCAUGGAUGGGGAAACCAGCAGCCUUCCGAAGAUUGAGGAAUGGCAGCUCCCCUGGAUCAUUCACCCUUUGAUGUACCUGCUGGGACUGAUGCGAGCUGCAUCUGGUGGGUCCCCCACAUGGACCACCUGUAUCUUAAGUAGGAAUCUGGAAUGGAAUUCAACCAAUUGUUAUAUAGCUGACCCUUCCUAGUUAUGCUUUUUGUCUGCUAACAGCACAGUGAGACCAAAAAUGUUCAUGGAGGGCAGCAGGUUCCUUGUCCUGUUGAAGCAGAUUUGGUGCAGAAGGAGGCCAGAGAGGCUACCCUUUGUCAGCCUUCCCCCCCCCCCACGACCACCACCCUCACCAUGGAGCUUCCUGUUCCAGGGCUUAGGGGACCUUCUUGUUCUUUGCUACUGUUCCUUUGUUUUGUCAUGGUGCUGUUGUUUUGCAGCAGCUUUCUACAAUGCUUUGUAAUUAAAUGGUUGGAUUACAUCAAUAAAU